AUGUCACUGCACACUCUAUGGUCUCGCUGGGCUACGAAUUUCAGCACGUUCGGCCGCAAUCUAGGUUCUGUGAGGACCUUCGUCAACCAUGCUGCCGAGCGGCGUGUCCCCCCGACAAGAGGUGAAUCUCUGGGAAUCAAGACUCCAGAAGACUUUCUGAAGGCUAUUGGCCGCUCCGCAGAGACGAAGCUGACUGUCGAGAGAUGGGAAGACCUCUGGCGUUUGUCUGGCCAAGACAUGAAGAAAGCGAAACUGGACGUUCGGGACAGAAGGUAUAUUCUCUGGUGCAUGGAGAAAUACAGGCUUGGCCUACCUAUAUCGCGGUUUGCUCACGAAGCAAAGCCGAAAAAGACUAUACGUGGUUGGGGGCCUGCCGUUCAGAAUGGAAAGCGCAUACGUUCCAGGCGGAUUAAACCAUAG